AAAUACUUUUUAAACAGCGUACUAAUGAAGCAUAUAUUACUUAAAUGAACUAAACCACAACACCCGCGAAUAAACCGGAAGUGGUUAUUCUGUAAACUGAAAGAGCCGAACAAAUGUAACAUAAAAUCCUGUUAAAUUGAAAAUAUACACUCUUUCGGAAGAGUCGUGUAACUAACUGCAGGUGCGUUUGCUGCAAUGGCUUAUGGGAGCGUGACCACCACUAGUUGUUCAAAAGGUCACAUGUUGCAGAUGUCUGUGGGCAAAACUUGAAUUCAUUUGAGAAGUUAGUUAAUCAUUAAAGUGUACUGACAUAGUUAAGUUAAAUUUGGAGUGUCAUUGAGUGAUAUCACUGUUGUUUUGUUGUUGGAUAUUUUACUUUUUGUGCCCACUCAAUGAGCAAAGCCAUUCGAAAGUGCUGUCUUAAAUGCUAACGAAAUGCUAUUCUUAUCGACGUUUCUGUUGGUCACGUGACUAGUGUUGUAUCGGUCGCGAACGAUUCGUUCUUUUUGAACGAAUUGUUUGGGUGAACGAGACUGAACUAAUCACCAUCUGCAAUGAUUCGUUCUAUGAAGUUGGGGCUGCGUUAGCUACGUGGGAGGGCGUUGAGCAAGCGGCAGCGUCUUCUGACAUCGCACACGACCAAUCAGACGCCAGCGUCAUCGCAGGCAGGGGAGGGAGCAGAAACAGAAUCAGGGCGUCUGUCACUCACUUCCAAGUGUGACCAAUAGACCCUACUCACCUACGUCACAAAAUGGGCGUGUCGCUGUUUCCGGCCGCCAUAUUGUACCUCUUUUUCAGACCUAUUCUCAUUGUUUUCUAUUAGUCGAGCAAGUUAUAGAGCAAUUCAUGGAAGCCCCGGUGUUAUCUGACGCUGUAAACUCAUUGGAUCCGUUGCAUAAAAGGCGUUACGUGGAAAAGCUUCAGUUUAUCCAUUCGCCAGAUCCGUAUUUGAUGCCUAAAUUGAUGUUUUUCGACCCGCUGGCUUCGCCUGACAUCUGAUACCCACACAAAAUCAGCCUAUUCUCACGAAAGUUUGAAAAACUUUAAGAGCUUGGAGGCUUAUAAAUGCUACGUUGCUGGUUAGGUGAAACACGUCCUCGUACACGAAAAUUCGGCAGGAAUCUUGUGCUCGGAAGAUGCAUCAUUCAAUUCUUACAAGUGGUGAACAAAUACCAACUGACCGGUGUAAAAGCUGCUGUUCACUCUACCACUGCCCCCUGUGUCCUUCAUACAAGGCAACUAAACUGUACAGGCUGAAGAAACACCUGGAUGUACACAACAAAAAUUCCAUAUCGUUUGAGGAUAAAAAGAUAUGCAGAUGCCACCUGGAAUGCAGAAACUCAGGACAUUUCCAUUGCCCUUGGUGUCCGAAAACCAUACUGAAAAGAAGUGACAUGGCUAAACACUUAGAGGCUUGUCAAAAAACAUUUCUGAUUACAUCUACCUUGGCUCCUGAGACCUCAAUAAGUAAUCUCGUAUCUACCCCAGUUCCAAUGACAUUCUCACCCCAGAAGACUGUAUCAGCCCUGCAAGUCAUCAGCCCUCCCCCCAUUAAUGACCACGAAUACAUUGCCAUGUCAACUGUCAUCCCAGCUGCACUGAAGGAGCAGCAUACAUUGCCGAAAAUUAAGAAAGUCAUAUGUCCCAACUGCAGACUUGUGUGCGACAAGAAGAACAUUCCACAACGCAUCCAAAGAAAACAUAUGCAUCAUUCAAUUCUUACGAGUGGCGAACAAAUACCAACCAACAGAUGUAAUCGCUGCUGUUCACUCUACCACUGCCCCCUGUGUCCUACAUACAAGGCAACUAAACUUUGCAAGCUGAAGAAACACCUGGAUGUACACAACAAAAAUUCCAUAUCGUUUGAGGAUAAAAAGAUAUGCAGAUGCCACCUGGAAUGCAGAAAUUCGGGACAUUUCCAUUGCCCCUUCUGUCAGAAAACCAUACUAAAAAGAAGUGACAUGGCUAAACACCUAAUGGCUUGUCAAAAAACAUUUCUGAUGACAUCUGCUUUGGUUCCUGAGACCAUAUCUACCACAGUUCCAAUUACAUCCUCACCCCAGAAGACUGUAUCACCUCUGCAAGUCAUCAGCCCUUCCCCCACAGAUGACCACGGUACAUACAGUGCCAUUUCAACUGUUGACCCAGCUGCGCUGAAGGAUAAGCAUACGCUGCUGAAAAUUAAGAAAGCCAAAUGUCCCCACUGCAGUCUUGUGUGCUACAAGAAGAACAUUCCACUACACAUCCAAAGAAAACAUGUAAAAAAAAAUGAAAGGUUAUUAAUGCCAAGGAUCAUUUCAGUUGUGUCUGAAUGGACCAUGGCAAUAUGAUUUCUCUUGUACCAAAGUCGAGGCAUGGCUCUCUCUGUCAGUGUACAAAAUAAAACCUGGGGACCUCAGCACAAAUUGGAGUGUGAGUACAUCAGCUUGUUACACUACUAUACUCGAAGAAAGACUUUUCGCAAUUAUUUUGGACUAAAUGGUAAUACUUAAAUUUUUGAGGGAGGCAAAAAAGCUUCAGCCUUGAAAGACAAUAUGUUGCAUAUCUGUCAACCCAAGGCCGUUGGCAAUCUCAAAAAUAGUGACAUAUGCCCUUAUAAAUCGAUGACUAAUCUUACAACGUUUUAUAUAGCGAGCAAUAUGAAACAAAAAUAAAACUAAAUUUUUAAAAUAAUAUGACUUUAUUGGUAUGAUUGUCACAUAUAACCUGGUGCAAUCAAAGAACAAUAUCUUCAGCUACAUCAUGAUCAAUAAAAUUUAACAGUGACUUUUGUUAUAAUUGUAUGCAGCACUUUUGGCAAUUUCCAGCAUGUCUUUUGAUGGCUGCACUUCAUGGCACCUAAGCUCACAAUUCAGUUUGACUUGAAGGUAGUUCGUUAAUGUGUCCAAUUAUAAAUUAAAAAGGUCAAUUGAUAAAAUUAAUUUACCGAUGCAAUCUUUGAGUCAGGGAACAUUUAUUUAGCUAAUUUUAAGAAGUGAUCAGCAAUAGUUCCAGGAAAAUUGUGUUCGGCAACAAAUUGGCAGAAUAAAAUUGCCGCUUUGUUCACUUUUUAUUCUGCAGACUGCAUCUUUAUGACCAGUGUUGUUAAUCUUCCUUUUAAAAAAAUAAUUAAUUACAGUUACAAAUUACUUCUCCCAAAAAGUAAUUGAGUUAAUAACUCAGUUAACUGAAUGUAAGACUAAUUAGUUACUGGGCAAAGUCACUGGUGUUACCUUUCAUGUUUUUUCUUCUUCCAUU